UCGAUCAUCCCCGUCACUUGAAAUCCCUAGUACCCCUUGGGGGCUGGGGGCACGAGAUGCUUUUGCCGGAGGCGUAAUAGUGGUUUUUGCUAAUCAAAUUAAUAGAUUUGGCAUAGCGUCUAGAAAUUGUAUUUUUUUCAAACCGUCAGUCCUUUUUAUAAUGGGCCAACAAAAUGUAACAGGUCUAUAAGUAAAAGAUGCACUAGUUUGGUUUUUAUGAGAUGUUGUAAUUAUGCAGUUUAGAUUUUGCAGUUACGUUUUAAGCUUUGGUAAAACCUGAUUACGAUAUGAAAUCGAAUCCAUACUUCUAAUGUAGAAUUACGAAUCAAACUUGUAUGAUAUUUAACGUAAUCACUUUUGUUUGAAAGCAACUAAUCAAUCGCCUUCCGUUGUACCGUGAGCUCGUAGUCUGCGUUCUUUAUUUAAUUCCCUAUAUAUAUGACUCUUAUAUCAACUGGUGAAAAUAAAAGUUAUGAAAAAGUGUUUCUCUUUUUAAAAUAUUACCUCGAGGAUGUAAUUAAGCGACGUUCCCGAAGGGGCGCAACAAUAGAAAACCCAACACUUUAUGUACACAAUCAAAUGAAAUUCAUUGAGGAAUUCUCGCAAUAAGGUGCUUGUAUCCAGGGAAACCGACGACUUUGGCAAUUUGAGUCUUAAUUCAUGGCUCUGGAAACAUCGCUCGUACAAGAAGCUUUGCUUUGUGCCCGAUGGCAAUGGAAAAAUUACCACUUUUGCUGGCAGCGCUUGCAUUAGGAACGACAACGCUUUCAGCUUCGCGUGAAAGUCGCUCGAUCAACGAAGCCACCAAAAACACCUUUAGAUUUCUGUUGCACUGCUACCAGGAACCAGUUGCCAAGAUUGUAAAGAACUCAUCAGCCCAUGAAGAUGCACAGGGAAAGUUCACAGACGAAGCAGACCUCAAACGAGACGAGAUACCAACACCGACUCCUGAACCCACUUUCAAAUCAGCCACAAUCAACUUCCCCAUAAACAGUUACAUGGCCAAUGUAAUGUUCCAGCUAUUCGGAAAAGAUGGCAUUCUAGAAAAAGGUGGAUUUGCCAGAGACGGUUACGUCCACAAAAACGCAUCCGCCUCUAUCAUUCUGCUUGGAAGCUUUGGCAACAGAUCAUCACUGUUACAUGAAGUGAUGAAAGCGCAUCACGAGCCAAUAGGCGAUGGAGUUCUCGCUUUGGUUGUGCAGUUGUUUUUCACGCCCGACGAUUUUCGUCGGUUGACCGACUGGCUCCGAGCAGAGAUUCGGGCUGGGUACGUGAACUAUGACGAUCCAUGCUCUCCGAUUGUUGCCAUCAAGUUCGUGUGUUGUACGAAGAUUGCAAACCCCUUUUUGGCGCCGAAGUUUGGAACGCUCCGAGUGGAUAUCGAUUGAUUGGAAAGGAAAUUUUGGGGGAU